GUUGCAAAGGCUGAAGCUCCCUAUCUCUACGGCCUCUACGUGGAAUCAAACUAGCCCCAUAAAACACCCACGAAGAAGAAGACAAUCAAUUAUCUACCCCCAAGGCUUCUACGUGGGAGAGCAAGCUAUUAUUUAAAGCAAGAACAGGAACCCUGGGAGGCAUACAACAAAGGAGAAGGGAGGAACCUGCCAUCCCAACCCCCAGGCAGUACAUAGUGUGAGGUGUUCUUCUUUGCAAUGGGGAAAUAUAAAAGGCUGUCGGAGGAUUACUUCAGACUCACCAACCCCGUGGUCAUGUCUGCAGUGUGUGUUGGGGUGUACUUGUUGACGAUGGCUUGGCUGGACCCAGAGAACAUAUCACCAACUUACUUUGGCCGCGUUGCCGAUCUUGCCACCUGGAUUGGAACGGAGUACAAUAAUGGAUGCAAGCAGCUCCUGCUCUCGUCAGUGGCCAUUCAUGUGACGGAGAUGAUCGCAGCGCUGUACUACUGUGACAAGCUGAGGCUCAACCGCACAGUGACAAUAGCGUGGAUGGUUCAGACUCUCUUCUUUGGUAUAUUCUCUCUUUGGUAUCUCAUAUGGCCUCGGAGAGAACUCAAACCUGAACCUGUGUCAAAGUCUGAUUAAGAAAGUGUAAGUGAAAAACUACUACUGAUUCAGUUAAGUGUUUGGGGUUAUUUAUUUUAAUGACCUGUUAGUGUGUCCCAUUUUAAUUAAGGUACAGUCUGUUCAGUUUUAUGUGUCUUUAAUAUAUGUAAAUACAAAACA